CCAAAAUAUAAUUAUUUUUACUAUUAAAUUCUGCCUAUUCUAUCCCAGCCAACUUGCAGAGUAGACGCUUUCCAACACUUGGAACUACUUGCACCAUUCUCAUUUUAGACUUUAUCUUUGGCACAAACGCGUACACACGCACGAAUACGUAUAGACAAUAGCCAGAACCUCAAGGAUGAUCAUCAACAGAUGCUUUGGUGUUGCCAAGAUGCUUCUCACAUAUUUUGCGGCAGGGCACAUACUUAGCGGGUGCGCGCAGGCAUCGACAUACAAGGAUGACCGGGUGGUGCUUGGGUACUUCCCUGUGCAGCGCAUCGUCAACGACAUUCCUUGGGACUCAAUCACGCACGCCAACAUUGCAGCUUUCAUUGAGGGUAACGUGGUCAACUCGACGCUAACUAGCGAGGAAAACGCAAGGGCAAUGAUUGCCGAGGGCAGAGCAAACCAGGUCAAGAUGCUGGUCGCAGUGGGCGGACAGGGCAACUUUUCGGAGUAUUUGGCAGCGGCACUCAACACAGCCAGCAGCCGGGCAGCGUUUGUGGCCAACACAAUCAACUUUAUUACGGAAUAUAACCUGGACGGUAUCGACAUUGACUGGGAGUACCCCAAGAACAUAGACGAGGCGCAGAGCCUGCUUGAUACCCUGCAAGCUACACGUGCGGCACUGGACCAGAGUUUUGGGGCUGGCAAUAAGCUGUUAACAAUUACGCUGUACAACCACCCGUACUUGGGGCCCGACGUGCCAGCGGUUAACUACGAGCCAUACGCACAGGCUGUGGACUACGGAUUUGUGAUGGCCUACGACUACUUUGGCAGCUGGACGGACUACACAGCGCCCAACGCACCAUUUGUCGAUGUGCCGUUCUACCAGGGCUCUUUCCGCAACACGACCGACGCUUGGCUGCAGGCGGGGUGGCCAGCAAACAAGCUUGUUGCGGGGCUGGCAUUCUAUGGGCACUCCUCGACGGUGUCGACCGACAUGGCCGCCAACACAGCCAACCAGUAUGUGGCAAUUCUGAACCACACAACGGUUGACGGGCCGGUUAGCGGAAUUGAAGGCACCUGGACCUGGCGCGACCUGCGUGACAAAGCCAACGGCGCGCUAUCCAGCCCAAACAAGGCACAGUCCGGGUGGGUGCGCACGUGGGACAGCUACACAAUGACGCCUUGGCUGUUCAGAAAGUCCGACAACCUGUACAUUGGAUAUGACGACAAGGACUCGCUGGGCAUCAAGAUGGACUACAUGCUGCGCAAGCAGCUGGCGGGCGUGAUGAUCUGGGAGAUUGGCUACGACUACGAAAACGAGCUGAUUUCGUAUGUGCGCGACUUUAUUGUGCGGGCUGACAAUGGCGCUUCGCUCGGGAACUGCGCGCCGGAUGACCCGCAGCUUGACGCGAUCUUUGAUGCUUCACGCAACCCAAACUUCUUCAGCCGCCGCUCACUGGAGACACGGGCCGACGUUGCCGGCACCCCAAACCCAUCCAAGCCCAUAUGCCAGUUUGAGAAGCUGAAGAACGAGCCCAACUCUGGCCAUGCGCUGCAGUUCGGCGUUGGUCUCCCAAGCGCAAUGCUUGCAGCCAUGGCGGCCGUGGUGGCCCUGCUUGUCUGAGCGCGGAGCAAAAAAAAAGUCUGGCCCAUUUUUUUCUAUAUUUUUCACUUUACAGGCAUUUUUCAACAUUAUUUUUUUGCAACAAUUACGCUCAUUUCGUCACCACCGGGGUGAUAACUGUAUCGUCUCCGAAUAGGGAUUGCAAUUAUUGCAUGUGCCUUCUUCUCCAA